CCUUAUCAAAGCCGAAGACAACCUUAAACAGAUUAUCUCUAAUGUAUCAUUUGAAACCAAAGCAGUGAAAAUCAGGUCACUCUGUCUUCUCCACAGCUCCUCGAAAAUGGCAGUUUCCCUCCUCCAUCACCCUCCUUUAAGCAACCAACGGAUAACUCAAGCGUUUGUAGACUUGAAUUCAAGGUCUUUGCAGAGAGGCAUCACUUGCUUCUCAAUUUGUCUCCAGAAGCAGAAAUGCAGCAUCGAACUAUACAUGAUACCCACUACAACAGUUGCUCGACACUGGAUGUUGAAAACUUUUGCUUCAGCUGGCUCAUUAAAUGCAGAAGUGGAAUGUCAAGAAAAUCACAUUUCCCCUGGUUUCUCAACUUCUAAUGACUUCCGGAGCAGGUCUAAAACAGUGGCUGACAGCUCAAGUAAACCCUCAGAUGGUGUGAAUGAUUUUGAGAGACAGUUGCAAGAGUUGUUUGAUGAAGUCAAAAUGAUGAUCAAGAUGGGAAACAAAAAUGAUGCCAUGGAUCUACUUCAAGCAAAUUAUGAAUUUGUCAAAGAGCAGAUCAAUGCAGGUUCUAGAGGCAUUGAAGAAGCUGCUACUCUUGACAUCGUAGCCUUGGGAUACAUGGCUAUUGGAGACUUAAAGUCUGUUGGGUUUAUCCUGAACAAGUUGGACGAAGUUGUUGAGAGUCUAAAGGAUGAUGAACCUCUUCUGGAUUCAGUACUAAUACAUAUGGGAAGCAUGUAUUCAGCUUUGGGGAAGUUUGAAAAAUCCAUGCUUGUAUAUCGAAGAGUUAUUGCUAUUCUAGAGAGAAUACACGGGAAAGGCAGUGCUUUUCUUGUCUCACCAUUGUUGGGGAUGGCAAAAAUUCUGGGUUCGAUUGGAAAAGCUACCAAAGCGAUAGAAGUCUACCAACGUGUGAUAAGUAUUCUGGAAUCUAGCAGAGGAGCUGAAAGCAAAGAUUUGGUAGUGCCUUUAUCUGGUCUUGGCAAUCUUUUGAUCAAGGAAGGAAGAGCCACUGAUGCAGAAAGUCUUUUUAAUAGAAUUUUAAGCAUAUAUAAGGAGUCAUAUGGUGAAUAUGAUGGAAGAUUUGGCAUGGCUUUGUGUUCGGUAGCCCAUGUGAAGUGUGCAACAGGGAAUGCAGAAGAAGCUAUUAAUUUAUAUAGAAAGGCUCUUCAAGUCAUCAAGGAUGCAGACUACAUGGCUCUAGAUGACAGUAUCAUGGAGAGGAUGAGGAUAGAUUUGGCUGAAUUGCUUCACGUUGUAGGAAGAGGAAACGAAGGCCGAGAGCUACUAGAAGAAUGCUUGUUGAUCACUGAAAAGUAUAAAGGAAAAGAUCAUCCAAGCUCAGUUACACACCUUAUUAAUCUUGCAACCUCGUACUCACAAUCAAAGAACUAUGUCCAGGCUGAGCGCUUGUUGAGGACAAGUUUGGAGAUUAUGAUGAAAAGUGUGAGACCGGAUGAUUCAUCCAUCACCUUCCCGAUGCUGCACCUCGCAGUGACUCUCUACCGUUUGAAUCAGGAUGAAGAAGCGGAGCACCUCACACUAGAGGUUCUGCGCAUUCGUGAGAAGGCAUUUGGAAAAGAUUCUCUUCCCGUCGGGGAGGCUCUGGACUGUCUGGUUUCCAUCCAGACCAGAUUAGGGAAGCCAGAAGCUGAGUUGUUGGAUCUUCUAAAACAAGUUCUAAAGAUUCAAGAAAAAGAGUUUGGCUAUGAGAGUGAAGAGGUUAUGAGAACCCUAAAGAAAAUUGUAUUCUACUUGGAUAAAACAGGAAGAAAGGAUGAGAAAUUUUCCAUGCAGAAAAGAUUAUCUGUGCUCAGGAUGAAAUAUAAUCAAAUGAUGCAAUAUUAAUGUUAUAGUGGUUAGAUUUUUUGCUGGAUGCAUAA